AUGCUCCUUAACAAGUGGCCACCUACUAUGGCGGAGCAACUGUCCAUGCAACAACUUCGGCCAGACCAUGCUACAACCCGGUUCCGUAGAGUCGUGCGCAAGAGCAAGGAAACCGCAGAGGGCGUUCCCCCGCCCUCUAGCGCUCCGGCCGCCGAAGUAGGUGCGGGGGCUGAACCUCCCACCACCACCCCCCGGAAAUCUGAGGUCGCGCGCAAAUGUUCAGAUGUCUCCUCUCCAGAUGAAGAAGGCAACAGCGUGCACGCCCAGCGCCUUGGUGUCGAUAUCCCUCUCGAUCCAAACGACGAGGAGCUCCUCUUCCAGGGCGCCCGCAUCUUCAAGAUUGAAAAUCUUAACAACUUCAAAAAUCUCAAAAAACUCGCAUUGAUUGCAAACGAAGUGUCGGUCAUCGAAGGCCUUGAGGAGCAGGGCCCCACGCUGGAGCAGCUGGAGCUGUACCAGAACCACAUAAAGCGCAUAGAUAACAUCCAGCACCUGACGCAUCUUAGGGUUUUGGACUUGUCUUUCAACAAUAUCAGACGCAUUGAGCAUCUUGAGACCCUCGUCAAUCUGAGAGAAUUGUUUCUUUCUAGCAACAAGAUCACCAAGAUUGAGGGUCUGUCUACGCUGAAGGAGUUGCGCACGCUGGAAUUGGGGUCAAAUAGGAUCCGCGUAGUAGAAGGCAUAGAAAACCUGACAAAUCUGACUGAAUUGUGGCUGGGCCGGAACAAAAUAACUCGCUUGGAGUUGCCUCAUCUUCCGCAGCUGGCUCGUGCCAGCCUUCAGUCCAACCGCAUUGAAGAGUGGAACCCUGAGCUUUUUGGGAAUUGCCCCAAACUCCGCGAGCUGUACUUGUCGCACAACAAUCUGCCGUCGCCUCCGUCGGAGAUUGGCCAAUUGGUGGAGCUGACGGUGCUUGAUUUGUGCUGCAACAGAAUCGACGAUGUUGGAACCAUCGCGUCUCUGCAUCAGUUGCAGGAUCUUUGGCUCAAUGACAACAAACUGGAGACUGUUGAAAAGAUUCGCUGCUUGCAGCACCUUUCUGCUUUGGAUACACUCUACCUCGAGCGGAACCCGCUCCAAGCAUCUUUGGGGCCUGGUUAUAGACAAGCAGUGACAGAUUUGUUGCCUCGACUUUCGCAGCUGGACGCGCUUUCCAUCAGCACUACUGUCCACUUUGUGCAACAUAAAGGAGAUGAAUCUCAAGUCAAGCCAAUCUUGAAGCGUUGA